GAUACCCCAUAUAGCCCACUUUUCCUUAGACAUGAAUUGUCAGCUCUUCUCGCCGCCGUUCUUUUGAAAUCCAAGAAAACUUUUUCUAGAUCUUCAUUUCUUGGCCUUUUUUAAAUCUUAUUUUCUUCAUUAGGUUUUGUUUAUACCAACAAGACAGUAUAAAUAUGGAAGCCAGAAGAAAAAUGGUACACAGCAACUACGAGAGAGACGGCGGUUCUAACAAAAGCGAAAUCGGUUCAAAGGGAAUUUGUGAGGGACCUUCGGAUCUCUCUGACAUAUUGAGAGGCCUGGCUUCCAAACUUAGACACCGCGAUCGGGGCUUAGCCGCGAGCUCUUACGUUUCCAUGAACACCAAGUUGUCUCCGCCUGGGUGGCCUAGUAAUAAGCGGCCGAAUAAGCGCGCGCUUCUCUGCGGAGUGUCGUACAACAAUAAGAGGAAAUACAGGCUUAGAGGAACCGUUAAUGACGUGAAGGACAUGAGAGAUUUGUUGAUUAAUAAGUUUGGCUAUCCUGCUCAUUGCAUCCGUGUCCUCACAGAGUUUGAGGCAAAGGAAUUUCACCCAACGAAGAAAAACAUUGAAAAUUCCAUGAAGUGGCUCGUGGAGGACUGCCAGCCAGGAGACUCCCUAGUAUUCUACUUCUCAGGACAUGGUUUGCGUCAGCCGGAUUUCAAAGAUGAUGAGAUCGAUGGAUUUGACGAGACCAUUUGUCCGGUUGAUUUUAUGCAAGAAGGGAUGAUCGUAGACAAUGACAUAAAUACCGCCAUUGUUAAGCCGCUCAAGCCUGGUGUCAAGCUUCAUGCCCUCGUUGAUUCUUGUCAUAGUGGAACUAUUCUUGAUCUACACCAUGUUUAUGACCAAAAAAUAAAGCAAUGGAAAGACAAUAGCCCUCCUUCAGGAGCUUCGAAGAGCACAAGUGGUGGAUUGGCUAUUUGUCUCAGCGCUUGUGAGGAUCAUCAACUUGCUGCUGACACUACUGUUUUCACUGGAAAGACAAUGUAUGGUGCUUUGACAUUCAUUUUCAUUGAAGUAAUCAAGCAAAACAGUAACUUAACAUACGGGCAACUACUGGAGGACUUGUCUGAAACCUUUGAUGAGAAUGCUAGCCGAGUGAAAUGCCUCAAUUCAAGGACUUUGGCAAGACUCUUUGGCUACAGGAUAACGCAGAAGCCUUUGCUAUCAUCGUCUGAAAAGUUCGACGUUUACUUAACGAAAGUCUCCCUCUAAAGAAAUAUUGUACGCGGUCAUGGAUUCUACCAAUAAAAGAAGAGCCGCGGUUCCAAGAGUACUACUGUUUUUAUAUAUAGUUUUUAUUUUGCACUUUAAGAUAUGUCCUACAAUAUACAAUAAGAAAUGCGAGUGACACUAUUUAUGUUAACUCUAUGCAUUUACUGUUUAACACGUAAACUCCACUAUUUAAUUUCUGUUUAAAUAAUAAUAUAUUAUAUUAAUGCA